CGCGCGAGGACGCGCUCCGGGGACGCGCGAGGACGCCGUGGCGGGAGAAGCGUUUCCGGUGGCGGCGGAGGCUGCACUGAGCGGGACCUGCGAGCAGCGCGGGCGGCAGCCCGGGGGAAGCGGUGCCGUGAAGCUGAUGAACCCACACAUUCUUGGAAUGGAACACAUUCUUUGGCGUCCUGUGCAGUCUGUCCCUCUGAGGGACAUUCUUCAUGAUCCUUGCCGCAUCUGCAGUGGGAACGCAAACAUCUUGUUCUCCAAAACUUUCUUUUGAAGCAUCUGUGGUUUCAUGAUUAUUCACACCGUUCCCAGUGUCAGCACAAGGCUGUGCAGCAUGACUUCCUCCAGCGCAGUCUGCAGAAAUCCGGAGUCGAGAAGCCUCUGUCCUAGCACUGCCCCUAUCCUAGGUCAUGAAAGACUGUGAUUGAUGUUCAAGACACCUCUGUAACAAGAUGUCUGAUCUUUACCCGGUUUCAACCUUCCAGACAAGCCCAGGGGCCAUAAUUUGCCAGAUGGAUGGCUGCAUAAGCCAGACCAUAGAAAAACAAAGGCCGUUGCUGCACAGUCACCCCCACCCCAGGACCUCGUUCCCUCCCCACGAUGGUGCCCGCGGCAGCCCCGCCCCACAACCGGCCCUGCUGACCCGUCAGUACCAGGUGUGCGGGGCACAUGCCCUCAGCGCAUCUCUGCCUUGCCCGGGGCCAGCAGGUGCACGCUGGAAUGCUGCGGACCAACCAAGUGGCCCGGCCAGCCCUGACCCCGGCGGGUGGAAGGGGGUGCACCCUGGGGAUCCCUUCAUAGCGGCCAAGGCCUUAGGGAUACCAGCAUCUCGCUCCCUGAAUAGACUCUAGACACAAAGUGAAGCCAGCCCAGGGCGCGCCUGGGAGCACCCUCCUCAGCCCAGGCCCCACGCAUGAGGAGCGAUCCAUGUCAGCGCGCUUGCUAGACCCCACUGAUUUUUAGAGACGGGUUUUACUGUGUUGCCCAGUUUGGUCUCCAACCUCCUAGGUUCAAGCAGUCCUUCCACCUCAGUCUCCCAAGUAGCUGGGAUUACAGGCGCGCACCACCACGCUCAGUGCUGUUGACUUUAAUGUGAAUAGGAAAUAGGUUUUGGUGUUUGUUUUUUUUAAGUGGGACUCCUGUUUUUUAAAAAUGGAUCAAUUUAUCUGGAGUGCAGGCUGCUCCUGUGCUUGAAGGUGGAAGUCAGUUCAUGCGUGAAAGAAGUCUUGCCUAAUUGAAACAUGGCAUCAUGGUUAAUAAUUAAAAUGUUAUCUGAUUUGAGAUCAGCUGUUUUUAUGAGAAUGCUAAUGUGGCAUUCCUGAUUAGUCUGUAUGUUUGUUUGUUUGUUUUUAAUUCUAGGGGCAGAGGAACACAGAUUAUCAAAUCCAGUUGGUAUUUCUUAUGCCACUAUAGUACAACUUGAAAUCCUUUUUAAGUUGAGGAAACAGUGUUGUAUUCAUUUCCUAUUGCUGUUAUAACAAAUUACUACAUAUUUAAGGAGCUUAAAACAACACAAAUGUAUUAUCUCAGCGUUCUGGAGGUCGGAAGUCUAGAACAAGUGGGCCUUCCUUCAGGAAGCUCUAGGGCAGAGCCCCUUUCCCUGCCCUUUCCAGCCGCUAGGGGCUGCAGCUCACAGCCCAGCAUCACUCCAACCUCUGCUUGUUCCCACAUCUGUUUCUCUGGCUCUGCCUCUUCUACCUCCUUCCUUCCCUUAUAGGGAGCCUUGUAAUGACAUUGGACCAACCAAAUAUUCCAGGAUCAUCUCCGCAUCUCUCAAGAUCCUUAACUUAAUCAUAUCAGCAAAGUCCCUGCACCAUGUAAGUCCGGGACCAUGUCUGGAGAACUACCACCAAACAUUAACAUCAAGGAACCUCGAUGGGAUCAAAGCACUUUCAUUGGACGAGCCAAUCAUUUCUUCACUGUAACUGACCCCAGGAACAUUCUGUUAACCAACGAACAACUAGAGAGUGCGAGAAAAAUAGUACAUGAUUACAGGCAAGGAAUUGUUCCUCCUGGUCUUACAGAAAAUGAAUUGUGGAGAGCAAAGUACAUCUAUGAUUCAGCUUUUCAUCCUGACACUGGUGAGAAGAUGAUUUUGAUAGGAAGAAUGUCAGCCCAGGUUCCCAUGAACAUGACCAUCACAGGUUGUAUGAUGACAUUUUACAGGACUACGCCGGCUGUGCUGUUCUGGCAGUGGAUUAACCAGUCCUUCAAUGCUGUCGUCAAUUACACCAACAGAAGUGGAGACGCGCCCCUCACUGUCAAUGAGUUGGGAACAGCUUACGUUUCUGCAACAACUGGUGCUGUAGCAACAGCUCUAGGACUCAAUGCAUUGACCAAGCAUGUGUCACCACUGAUAGGACGUUUUGUUCCCUUUGCUGCCGUAGCUGCUGCUAAUUGCAUUAAUAUUCCAUUAAUGAGGCAAAGGGAACUCAAAGUUGGCAUUCCUGUCACGGAUGAGAAUGGGAACCGCUUGGGGGAGUCGGCAAACGCUGCGAAACAAGCCAUCACGCAAGUUGUCGUGUCCAGAAUUCUCAUGGCAGCCCCUGGCAUGGCCAUCCCUCCAUUCAUUAUGAACACUUUGGAAAAGAAAGCCUUUUUGAAGAGGUUCCCAUGGAUGAGUGCACCCAUUCAAGUUGGGUUAGUUGGCUUCUGUUUGGUGUUUGCUACACCCCUGUGUUGUGCCCUGUUUCCUCAGAAAAGUUCCAUGUCUGUGACAAGCUUGGAGGCCGAGUUGCAAGCUAAGAUCCAAGAGAGCCACCCUGAAUUGCGACGUGUGUACUUUAAUAAGGGACUGUAAAGCAGGGAGGAGACCUCUGCAGCUCAUUCUGCCACUGCAAAGCUGGUGUAGCCUUGCUGGUGAGAAAAAUCCUGUUCACCCUGGGUUCUCCCAGUUACAGAAACCUUUUAAAGAUCCACAUUAGCCUUUUAGAAUAAAGCUGCUACUUUAACAGAGCACCUGGCGUGGGCCAAGUGCCUGAUACUUCCUUACAUGGAAUCAUGUUAUGAUUUAUAGAAAUACCCUUCUUGUAGCUUUUAUAGUCAUUGUUUUUCAAAGACAAUAUACCAGCCCUCACCCCGAGUUUUAAAAAAAGCACUGGUAGACAUAGAAUAGGUGCUCAGUAUAUGGUCAGUAAAUGUUCUAUUGAUUAUCAAUCCGUGAAAAGAGAAAUCUGUUGAAAAUACUGAAUUUUCAUCUCACUCCUAUUGCAAAUCAAGGAGAUCUCAGCAGUGAACUGGGAAAAUACAAAAGCUCUGGGCUAAUCUAUAAAAACUUACCCCAAAAUGUUAAGAGCAGUUUGCUUCUAGUUUGGGGACUGUGCUGGCCCAAUGAAGGUGAUGAAGUUUUUGUAUUUGGAGGGUAAAAGCUCCUUCACACCCCUUCCAAAAGUCAGUCACAGACCUCUGCAACAUGCCUUCCCCGCUGGGUCAUUAUAUACAUUCAGAUUGUGGGUGGAUUGCCUUGGUUGACUUUUAAUUUACUGUUUCAUGUUCUUAUAAAGAUGAUAAUCUUACCUUGCAGUUAUUGACUUUAUAUUCAGUUAUUUACAUCAAAUAAUGAAAUAACUGAAAUGUACAAAUGUCAAAUUUUGGAAGUAUAUUCAAUACCAAUGCUGUAUGAGUGGGCUGAAUCCAGUUCAUUGGUUUUUUGGUAAGAAGUGAGACUACAGUUCCAGCUACCUACAUGUCUUUUCUUGUCAUCCUUAUAGAUCUCUUUGGCUUUCAAAGAUACAGCGAUAAUGUGUAUAUGAAUCAGUCACAGUGAAUUUUACUUGAAUAUUGUAUGUUGCAUUCCACUUCAUUUGAAAAUAAUGAAACCAUGUACCACUGUUUACAUCAUCUGUAGUGAUUUCACAGAUAAUAUAUUUAAUAUAACAGAUUAUGUUUCAAGUCUGUAGAUGUUUAACGUCAUAGACAGUCGGCCCUCUGUAUCCGUGAGCUCUACAUCUGUGAAUUCAACCAAGUUUGGAUGGAAAAUAUUUUUUAAAAAGAUAAAAAAUAGCCGGGCGCGGUGGCUCACGCUUGUAAUCCCAGCACUUUGGGAGGCCGAGGCGGGCGGAUCACGAGGUCAGGAGAUCGAGACCACGGUGAAACCCCGUCUCUACUAAAAAUACAAAAAAUUAGCCAGGCGUGGUGGCGGGUGCCUGUAGUCCCAGCUACUUGGAGAGGCUGAGGCAGGAGAAUGGCGUGAACCCGGGAGGCAGAGCUUGCAGUGAGCUGAGAUCGCGCCACUGCACUCCAGCCUGGGUGACAGAGCGAGACUCCGUCUCAAAAAAAAAAAAAAAAAAAAAAGAUUAAAAAAUAUACAUAACAAUGAAAAAUAAUACAAAUUUAAAAACCAAUACAGUAUAACAACUAUUUACAUAGUGCUUACAUUGUAUUAGGUGUUAUAAGCAAUCUAGAGAUGAUUUAGCAAGUAUACAGGAGGAUGUGCCUAGGUUAUAUGCAAAUACUGUGCCAUUUUAUAUCAGGAACUUGAGCAUCUGCAGAUAUUGGUAUCGGAGGGCGGUCCUGGAACCAAGCACCCACGGAUACUGAGGGGUGACGUUUCAUGAAGUGUAGAUCAUUGUAGUCAGAGAUUGUAAGUGAAAAAAAUAUAGAAACUAUUUAGUUUUGGCAGAUUUUUUUUCUGACAAUGUGACCAGACUGAAUUUCCUCAUAAAGAAAAAAUGGCCUGC